UGUAGCCAAGCAAGAGGAAAGAUCGUUUUUAGCUGUGAUUUUCUUUUGUGUGCUGUGCCAUGAAUUACAGUUGGGCAUAUUCACUAAAAGAGAUCUUCGAUACUAUUACUUACAGCAGUGAUUACAAUUAUGUUCAGCAUCCGCAGUUGCCGGUGUAUCCACAACCUGUUGCAUAUGCUGAAGAAUUUAUUCAACCACCAUUGGUGUACCCACAAGGAGGUGAAAUAGUAGAAGAUCAUCGAGGGGAUGAAAAUGUUCCAUUGUUUGUGCCUCCGAAUCCUUGUGGUGAUCAGUGCAGUGAAUGCGUGAAAGUUGAGGAGGUAGAAAAUGAAUGUUCUGAAGAAUAUAUUCCUUCAACACUCCCACCCCUCCUGCCGGUAUUGCCGCAGAAACGACGGAGAAGUUGGGAUGGCGACGAUACGUCUGAUGAGGUGGAGUAUGUGGCAAAGAGAAGCCAUUUGGAGGACAAUGAUGGCAUUUAUCAAACAGAAACUCCUCUAACCGUGCAAGCUCUUCUUGGGGGAUCACAAGAAGUUGAACAUAAUGUACCACAGCAUAGAGUAGAGAAACUUCCGACGGCGCCAAUAGAGCCUCCACGCAGAGGACGCCCAAGAAAAACCGCCAAGGAUUCGGGUGAUGGCAAAAUGACUGAAUUCCGGAAGAAGGCAACAGUUCGAGAGCGCCAGAGGGUGAAUACACUAUCAGAGGCCUUUGCUAAACUACGAACGCUCAUUCCCUCCCUCGCAAGUGAUCGUGGUAGUCAAAUUGAGACCCUCAGAUUAGCCACAAUGUACAUAGAAUUCCUUCUCAACACACUAUCUGAGAGAGAAAUGUACCAAAGGAGUCUCGAGGAGAGAGUUCACGAAGGCAAUUGUCGUGUCACGGAGGAACUCACGACGACUGUUCCGGACAAUGAAGCUGCGGGGGUGAGAAAUAAAGUGAUAGCACGGGAAAAGCUGAGAUUUAUGUUUGGAAUGUGGCGGAUGGAUGCUGAUUUGGAGAAUCAGAGAGUAAAGGAGAAACAUCCUUCGGAAUCAUCAGAUAAAUUAAGUUAAUUUUCAAAUUAAAUUAAAUAAAUGAAAUAAAUAAAUUUCUCAA